AUGGACAGUAAUAAUAAAAACGCGCCAAGCGUUGACAGCAUAGAAAGAAAGAGACUUUUGGGAACUUUGGCUGGUAUUGGUAAUAAUUGCAAUAACAUGAUUGGUGCUGGCAUAUUCUCAAGUCCCGGAUUAGUUUUAAGCGAAAUCCAGUCUCCCGGGAUAGCAUUAAUUUUAUGGGUAGUGGGUGGAAUUGCCGUUUUGUUUGGUUCACUUUCUUAUGUGGAGUUGGGGAGUUCUAUAACAGAUGGGGGCGGAGAGGUUGUGUAUCUGGAAAAAGCAUAUCCACGUCCUAAAGCGCUAUUUAGUUAUACGUUUAGUUUUGUCAUGAUCGUGGCAAUACGCCCAGCUCUUAUAUCCGCUAUCGCAAAUGUUUUCGCACAAUACUUCUUAUAUCUAAUUAAAGCGAAAGAUCGUUGUGACAUUGACUAUCUGCAUCCAAAUGCAUAUAUUACUGAUUGGAAUUUUUGGCAAUUACGACUUUGUUCGUUAGCCGCACUAAUUAUAGUCACAAUUUACCACGUGGUAUCCAACAAAUGGGCAAAUCGUAUAAAUCAAACUCUCACAAUUAUAAAGACCUUGACUCUGAUUUUGAUAUCGAUUAUUGGAUUCGCAACAAUCCCUACGUUUAUUCAUGAUGCAGAUACGAAUUGGAAGAAUAUGUUUCCUAGUAAUGCAACAAUCACUGCAAAUUCUUUGACUGCUGCACUUAUUCCUAUUUUAUUUGCAUAUAACGGAUGGAAUAAUUUAAAUUAUACCUUGGAUGAAUUCGUCGAUCCGGCACAAAAACUAAAGAAGUCGAAUAGUAUUAGCGUCCUUAUUGUCACUUUUUUGUACUUUUGUGCUAAUAUCGCAUAUACGAAUGUACCAUUAUCAAAAAUAACUGGCUCUAAUGAACCUUCUGAAAUCAUUGCUGGCAAAUUCGCUUUACAAGUCGGUGGUUUUAAUUUAGCUCGUGCAUUAUCUUUUUUCGUCAGUUUAUCAGCUUUUGGAGCAUUGGCCGCCAAUGUAUGGGCCGGAUCGCGAGUAAUUGUAGCCGCUGCUAAAAGCAAAUAUAUCCCUUAUAGGUUACAACAAUGGAAUCGAACCACAGAUACGCCGAUUUAUGCAUUGAUAGCACAAGCAGUUUGGUGCUCAUUGAUUAUUAUCUUUUAUCCACAUAAUGAUCCAUUUAAAUUCUUUGUUAAUUUGGGCGAGUAUUGCUUGGAUAUAUUUGUACUUUUGAGCGUUUUGGGAUUAUUGUAUAUGCGCCAUUCUCAGCCCGGGCUAGAACGUCCAUUCAAAGUGUGGAUCAUAAUACCCAUAAUAUUUAAUUUAUUUGCGCUGUUUAUCAUAAUUGGAUCUUUUGUCAACACGUCAAAAAUACCGAUAUCUCCACAAGUAGAUCACUCAUACGAUCAACAAUGUCAAAGCUCUAAAGGUUUCAAAUACGCAACAUAUAAAUAUUAUCUUCCUUAUGUUGUUAGUUUUGUGGUAAUAGGAGUUGGUGAAAUUUUCUGGUUCAUUUACUACAGACCACAUAUUCCGUCGGAAGAUAUUUCGUAUCAACCAGAAGUCAGAAAUAGCAAUAGCACUUUUGGAUCUUAUAGAUCUAACCGCUAG